CUUCCCUCUGACCUCCCCGUCCCCUCGCACGCUGCUCGUUGCAGCACCCAAGGUCGCUUCCGCCUCGCCCUCGACCCGCCGUCUCAGCAACGCCGAGUCGCGUUCGCCGGUUGCAUAGCCUCGUUCCCGGCCUACGGCUGCGGCCCUGUCUCGCUGCUGUCACAACCACCAAGCCACGCACCCUCUCUGCCACCUCCCGUCCACCUCCCUCUCCCUCUCCCCCUCCAUUAUCCGGACACCAUCGACACCAUGGCGAGCGGCAGCACGAGCUCCAACGUCGUCGGCGUGCACUACCGCGUCGGCAAGAAGAUUGGCGAGGGCAGCUUCGGCGUCAUCUUCGAGGGCACCAACCUGCUCAACCAGCAGCAGGUCGCCAUCAAAUUCGAGCCGCGCAAGAGCGAUGCUCCCCAAUUGCGCGAUGAGUACCGCACGUACAAGAUCCUCGUGGGCUGCCCCGGGAUCCCUAAUGUCUAUUAUUUCGGCCAGGAGGGCCUACACAACAUUCUGGUCAUCGACCUCCUCGGCCCGAGCUUGGAGGACCUGUUCGACCACUGCAACAGAAAGUUCUCCAUCAAGACGGUCGUCAUGGUAGCCAAGCAGAUGCUGUCACGGGUUCAGACCAUCCACGAGAAGAACCUCAUCUACCGCGACAUCAAGCCCGACAACUUCCUCAUCGGCCGCCCAGGCUCAAAGAGCGCCAAUGUCAUCCACGUCGUCGACUUCGGUAUGGCGAAGCAGUACCGUGACCCCAAGACGAAGCAGCACAUCCCGUACAGGGAACGCAAGUCUCUCUCCGGUACCGCUCGAUACAUGAGCAUCAACACCCAUCUUGGGCGCGAACAAUCCCGUCGCGACGAUCUCGAGGCGUUGGGUCACGUCUUCAUGUACUUCCUGCGAGGCGGACUGCCAUGGCAAGGUCUCAAGGCUGCCACCAACAAGCAGAAGUACGAGAAGAUUGGCGAGAAGAAGCAGACUACUCCCAUCAAGGAUCUGUGCGAUGGUUUCCCUGAGGAAUUCAACAAGUAUCUCAGCUACGUGCGUAACCUCGGCUUCGAGGACACACCCGACUACGACUACCUACGGGAGCUGUUCACUCAGGCUCUCAAGAGCACCGGAGAAAUUGAGGACGGCGAGUACGACUGGAUGAAGCUGAACAACGGCAAGGGCUGGGAGGUCCUCAAGUCGCACCCAUCGGCUGCGCAGGCGAUGCACCAUUCCAACGCCAACCCUAACUCAUCCAUGGCUGUGAACAUGCAAGGCCAGCAACACAGGCAACAAAAGACCCACCUCCCCAUCGACCACCAUCGUCUCAACGAGCCUCUGCCAAAGCCUGGCGCGACCCGCGCUCAGCCAGGAAGGAGCCCACGCGAGACUAUGAAUCGUGAUUCGCAAAUCAAGCGGAAGAGCAUGGGCGAGCUCGCGCCGCCCGAGGGUGCCUCGACGCAGGCGCAGUUCCAACACAGCCAGCCCAACCUGGCACAAAACAACCGUGCUGCGCCUGCCAGCAGUCCGAACCCGCAACCGACGCGACAGAGCGCCGAAAAGCCUAGCUUCAUGCAAAAACUGGCGAACGCCCUGUGCUGCGGCGCCAGCAAGUAGUAAUCGCGGUCGCCAAGCUUUGGUUUUCUUCCCUUUGCGUUGCAUCCUGGAGUCCGUUCUUUGAGCGAUAGUGUUCCCGGUCACGUUUUCUUCCUGUAUAGGUAUCUUGUAAUGAUUGAUAGACGGGAUCGAAAAUCUCCUUCCACGGUAAUAGUUACGACGACCGAGCGACCGAACCGCCUCCC